UUUUAAAAAAAUACAUAACUUAUGAUAAAAUACAUCACUAUCACUAUCACGAGAAACCUAUCGAAUAUAAAGACUGGUUAUUCCAUUACAUUCCUUUAGUAUUAAUUAAGAACUUUCAGUAUUAAGAAUUCCAGCCAACAAUGUCUGCUAAAACAGGAAAAGUUCAUUCGACUGUGUAUGUUGUAUUCGUUUCGUUGUUAUUAGAUUUAUUAGCGUUUACCAUGAUCCUUCCUCUCUUGCCUUCCUUGUUAGAUCAUUAUAAAGAAAACGACAGUAAUGGCUUGUAUCACUGGCUCUCCGGUAAUAUUCGAGACUUUCAGUUACUGGUCGGAGCUCCGGAAAGAUUCAACUCGGUCCUACUCGGAGGUUUCUUGGGCUCCUUGUUCAGUUUUCUGCAAUUUCUCGCGGCGCCCGUGUUUGGUGGCAUGUCAGAUGUUAUGGGACGAAAGAAAGUUAUGAUUAUUUGCCUAGUAGGUAUAUCGGCUUCGUACGUUUUAUGGGCGUUGUCUAAAAAUUUGGUGAUAUUUAUCAUUGCGAGAUUCCUGGGCGGCAUUAGCAAGGGAAAUGUUUCUUUAAGUAUGGCAAUAAUUGCAGAUGUUUCGAGUAAUGAGACUCGGAAUAAAGGCAUGGCGUUAGUAGGAAUUGCUUUUUCGUUAGGUUUUAUCGUUGGGCCCUUGAUCGGUGCAAUUUUUGCUAUUUGGGCCAAGCAACGAUCUGACGAGUGGUUCGUGGUACCUGCACUUUUUGCUUUAUUUCUGUCGCUGGUUGAUAUGGUUUUUUUCAUCACUUACUUCAAGGAAACAUUACCUAAGGAAAAGCGUGCCAAAAUGAAAAUGACAUUCAAGAAAAUUAGAGAACUGAUAAACGUCCGGGAUUUAUUCCAGUUUACCGCUGUUACGGGCGUUGCGCCACAAAACAAGAAAAUGUUACGUUUGUUGGGAUUAGUUUAUUUCGUUUAUUUGUUCAUAUACAGCGGUUUGGAGUUCACUCUUACUUUCUUGACACAUCACAUGUUCAACUACACCGCAAUGCAACAAGGAUGGAUGUUUUUUGUUAUAGGACUUAUAAUGGCUGUUAUACAAGGUACUUACGUGAGAAAAAUACACCCAAGCCAAACAAACGUAACUGCUGUACGAGGCUUGUGGUUGAUCAUUCCUUCAUUUGUGUGCGUUGGAAUUGCCUUCGAAUUCUUUUUGUUCUAUUUUGGGUUGUUACUUUUUUCUGUUUCAACUGCUUUGGUGCAUCCAAGUAUUAUGACAAUGGCUUCCGAAUACGGUACUGAACAGCAGAAAGGUACUGUUAUGGGAAUAUUUAGAUCUCUGGGAGCGCUAGCGAGGGCUUCGGGCCCGAUUUUUGCGAGCAUUGCAUUUUGGAGCGUUGGCUCCAGGAUUACUUACAUCACAGGAUCAGUAUUAUUGCUAUGGCCUGCAUUUACUCUAAGUAAAUUAAAAUAAUUUAUACAAUUUAACAUAUUUUUUUAUAAAUAUAUUUUUACAAAUAAAUUUAUAUAUACAUACACAU